AUGCCUCAGAACUCCCCGUCUCGGGAAGAAUCAUCCAUGCCCGAUGCUGAAGCUGACUCGGCGGCGGGGAGCACGAGCGCCGCAGGUCAGGUGUUUCGCGAUGUCGCCAGCAGUUCCAGUUCCGAGAAAGCUAUUAUAUCUGCUAAUGCGACGUCUUCUAUCGAGCCUGACGGUGGCAACGCUGGGAAAGAUCUAGAUCAGCAGCCUGAUGGUCCCGCUAAUACUUCUGGAACUGCUGCUGCUGGUAGUAAUAAUAAUGCGACUUCUGCCAGUGACAGUGGUGAUGUUUUCUCGGAUCUUGGUGGAGCCGGAAGCGGCGGGAGGGAGUGCAGGCGGCGCUCGCGAACGGGUCACUGCGUGGCGGAUCUCUUCAGCCUCUACGAUGACGCGUAUUGCCACUUCGUUGUCUUUCUGCUGCUCCCUAUUGGCAGAUCGUUAUGGCCUGCUCGCGUGGACCUUGUAAUCCGCAGCCACGUGUCAAGCAGUUUCUUCCUGCUCGAGAUGCUCUUUGACAGCAUCGAGCAGAUGUGGCCACGUGGCAUUGGUGACGUCAUCCUCAUCCUCGACGGCGACGAGCGAUUGGCUGAGGACCUCAUUCCCACGUGGAUCAAGGUGUACUACGAGGAUAACCCUCUGAAGCUUCCUGGAAAGAUCCUGCAACAGUGGAGCUACAUGUGGGCUGACAACUACACAACCGCCCCUUACGUGGCCUUAAUAGAUGAUGACGUCAUUUUCAACAUGAAAGUGACGCCUGGGCUACUAUUCAACCUGACAGAUGGCAAGCCGUACGUGAUUGGCAGCGCGCAGCGACAGCUGGACCACUGGUUACCCUCCACCAAGUUUUUCGUUGGGAAAGACAAGUACUUCGCCAAUUUCAUGGUGCAGCUGCCAUUUCUGAUGCCGACCAGCAUUCUGCCAAGAUUCAGGAGCCACGUGGCCAAUAUACACAAGGACAAGGGGGGAAGCUUUGACUCCGCUUUCAAGUGGUUCUCCAAGCAUGGGCCCCAGUUUGAGCGGACCCAAAUCGCCCACACGACCAUUGGGAACUACAUGUGGGCGUAUGCGCAUGAUGAGGUGCACUUGGCCUUGGAAUGGACCAAUCACACGCCGAUCCCACGCGUCGGCGUGCAUCUGCCCUACACGCAGCCGUUCCGCGUCGCCACGAAGCACAACGACAACGCGCCACGUGUCAUCAAGGCGUACGUCCAAGUGGCAGCUUACUACUCGCAUGAGGGUGUGUGUCAUGCGUUGCCUGAUGGGGAGCUGCCUGGGUGUGAUGAUGUGAACCGCUUCCCUCAGAGGCAGAUAUGGCAGUAUGCCAUGGAUUGGUAUGACUGGCUUGCCAUUAAAAAGAAGAAGCCUAAUGCUACUAUAGUGUACGAUCAAUACCAGAGCGAGCUGGCGUGCAUGUACCGGAAGGUAGCUCAGACGGGGGUGGAUGGUGGAGGGGAGCCAAAUGUGUUUGGAACAACUGCGCAGCUGAGAGGGGCUGAUCCUGCAGGGAGGAGAAGGGAGCUCUUGGAAUCCCUUCAGGAGUGUAUCUCUCCCCAAGAUCAUACUCCAGGAAGCUGA